CCUAUUGUCCACACACCAGACCUCCCACUUUGACCACACAACGAAGGAUACAAUGCCCGGCCCCAUCACCACCGCCUUGACAGUCGCUUUGAGCCUCACCCUAGCCGCUCACCGGUACCUCGAGCACCGCGCCCUGGGCCAACUCACCCACAUCCACACCGACGACACCCUCUACAACAAACAGAAAUACGGCCACAUCCUCGACUAUGACGCCCACUCUCUCAUCCUCCACGGCCAACCAACCCUUAUCCUCUCAGGCGAGUUCCACUACUGGCGCCUACCAGACAAGACCCGCUGGAGGCCCAUCCUCGAACAAUACCGCUCCGCCGGCCUGAAUUGUAUCCGUAUCUACUUCCAUUGGGGGUUUCAUUCCCCUGCUCCCGGCAAAUACAUCUUUGACGGCAAUAGGGACAUUGACUACUUGCUCCAAAUCUGUGAGGAGAUUGGACUGUACGUGCUCGCGGCACCGGGGCCAUAUAUCUGUGCGGAGACACAGGCGGGUGGAUUUCCUAUCUGGUUAGCGGCCAAGCGCGAAAUUCGGUUGAGGCAUAUGAAGACCAAUUUGUGGAAGGAGUAUGAUGCCAAAUUUAUGGAGUACUGUGUUGAGUAUUUUGAACAGAUCCUACCGAUUCUAGCGAGGCACCAGAUCACGGAGAAGGAGGAGGGGUGUGUGAUUGGGUUGCAGAUCGAGAACGAGGCAUUUCAACGGGUGUUUGGGUACCCGAUUGGGCUGCAUGAUGAUAUGAGGGUGCUGGCCAAGACUGCGCGCGAUUGUGGGAUGACGGUCCCGCUAUUCACGAACGACGGAUUUGAGCAAGGGUCGUUUAUUGUAAAGGAUGACCCGGGAAGGAGGAAGAAAGAGUUUGGGAUCGAUCUCUAUGGCUUCGACAAGUAUGUUGUUUUCACACCGAAUAGCGAGCCAACCUCAUGGGUCGUCGGUCGGGACCCAUCGUUCCUCGAAGAUUGGGACCCUUCGACUGUCAUCUCAGAAUUGGAUUUGAUGGAGAAGAAGGUGCGCUCGUUCGGGCAUGCUAACAAAAGGACGCCCAUCUUUAUCCCCGAACUCCAGGGCGGUUGGUUCAACCAUUAUGGGAUCCAAUACACGUACGAUGCCAUCUACCGGUUCUAUGGUGACCAGUACACGCGGCUGAUGUUGGAUACCGUCACCUCUCAAGGGUGUACCAUGCUUAACUUUUACAUGUUCUAUGGAGGUACUAACUGGGGUACCAUUGGCGACGCGGAUGUCUAUACGUCGUACGAUUACAGCGCCUGCAUUCGUGAAUUUGGCUUAAUGUCCGGUCGUCUACGUAAGUUGCGCCUUGGAAUCCUAUUUCUCCAGUCCUUUGCAGACAUCACGACAAGAACCGAUGCCGUCGAUUCUUCCAAAGCCAUGACAGUCCAGUCCAGCCUUGACAAGACCAUCUGCGGGCAACGGCGAUCCCGAGUCGUCGGGCUCAACGGGCCUGUUGAGCUGACCUUCAUCCGCAACUUUUCGACCUCGAAACUGGACCGCUUCGAACUUCGUGCUCGUCCGACGGAGAAGCGUGAAAGUGCUAAUGCGGUCAGACUGUCGUGUUGUCUUGCAUACAAGGCCUCGUUCACUGCACUUGGCAACUACACGACAAUAAAUCCAGGCAUCCAUCUCAUUCUCUCAGUUACACCGAUCUAUAUCCGAGGGUUUUCUGGCGACGGCAAGAAGGAAAUCUGGAUUGCGGGUCUCGCAGCGUCCGGCCCGACACAGAUGGCGUUCAAAACGGGGUUGGUCAUUCAGGAAGCCGGCGGGCAAAAUGUUGGAGCUGCAGGCGUGCAGCUUUCUGAAUCGUCAGAGGACAAGACUAUCAGCGUGCUGUCCGUUCCCGAAGGAGCCAUGAACGCGUUUGUCGUGUUAUCCAGUGGCAAUUCCGUGCACCAGCUGCACAUUCUGUUCCUGGAUCAGAUGACACUUUCAACUUUAUACUGUUAUUACGACAAUCGCCAUGCGAAUAAGAAGCUAGCGCAGUCUCGGGGCCAGUUGAAUCCUCGGAACAUGGCCUCGUCGCCCAGGAUCGUUACCUGGGGAUCGUAUGAUGCCCGCUACAACCCACAGGACAAGACGCUUAAUGUCAGCUCGACCGAGUCUCAGGACUCACUGCAUAUUCUUUCGUUUGGUCAAGAUCUGUCCCUACCCACCACUACUGAACCAUCGUUCUUCGGAUCUGGGCUGCAACUCCAGGUCCUCACGCUCAAAGGCAGCCAAUCCGUUAUUCUGAAGCAACAAUCAGCCUCGCUCUGGGUAGCUCAGAAUCGCCAAGGCAUCGCUCUUUCCGAAUGGGAAACUCGCACGACCGAUUUCGGUUCGUUUGACUGGAGAGAAUGUUCUCGUCUGUCAUCUUCAUCCGACCGUUUCCGGGACGUCAACCUUGACUAUCACUUCACAUCGGGCCAUAUCCUCUACCGUGGGACAUUCAAGACCCGUCAACAGCAGGGCCGAGGCAUCGUUACGAAAUCGAGCCCUGUAGCACUCAAGGUUAACAUGCGCAACCGGAUCAUCGCGUUCGUGAACGGCGUCUGUAUUGGGUCUCAUAUGACGUAUUCUCGACAACUGAUGAUGCCUGGGGCCAAGAUGGGCUAUGAUCCCGUGUCAUUUGGAUCGCAUACGUUCUUGGUGCCCUCUCACGCCAUAGAAGCCGCGGCACUACAUCGUGAGGGACACCCGGAUGAAGAUCAUGACCAGGAGCACGAGAUUAUCCUAGUAAUCGAUUCCUUCGGCCUGAGUCGCCAACCCUUCGUUGUCGACGAUAUCCGGAAUCCACGCGGGUUAUUGUCCGCGAGAGUGUCCGGCAAAGAUGUCGUCCAGGGGAGCGAGUACUGGGAGGUGGCGGGUGUGGAUGUGACGAAACUCGAUAUGGCCUAUCAAAGUACGGGGUUCCCGGAUGAGCAUUCUCAGCAAGGUUGGACGAACGCUGGUCAAAAACAUCCCCAGUUGGUCCCAGAUGCGGGUGUGACUUGGUGGCGCACCCAAUUCGAAGGCCCGCCUUCUUCGUUCUCCUCUCCAUCCUCAGCAUCCGGAUCCGAAUUCAAGUCCGUGGGCGCCAAUAUUCCGCUCUGUUGUAAGAUCGAGGGCGAAUUUUCAGCAAUGAUCAUCCUAAACGACGUGCUGGUCGGACGAUACAUUGGUUCAGAUUCUCCGCAGCAUGAUUUCUAUUUGAUGGAUGGGCUUUUGCACAAAGCCGGGUCUGGGAAGCAGAACGAGCUGAAGAUCAUGAUGUAUGGGUCUCAGGCGGCACAGGAGGCGCGGAUUAGGAUUUUGCCGUGGGUUGUUGAGGAUGCACAGGGGGAGCUGGGGCAAUGGAGCGGUAAUGCGGCGUUUGAGGGCGAGGGGGUGAAAGAGGAGGAGGUGCGAGCGGGGGUGUUCUGGACACUGCAGCAGACGUUUUCAUUGUAA